AUGGAGAUUGGGCGUCGAGAUGCCAUAACGGUUAUUCCUAUGGCAAAACCUACUCAGCUACCAUUCACCUUCGAGGACUCUGGUGAAGAUUCUCCAUCAACCACCCAGGAGCCUAUUACUACUCGAGAACCCACCACUACUGCAGAGCCCACUACUUCGGAGGAACCAAGCACAUCGGCUGAACCAAGCACAUCGGCUGAACCAAGCACAUCGGCUGAACCAACGACUUCUUCAAGCUCGCCUAGCUCCUCUCAGUCUUCUGCUUCUCAAUCCGAGACAGAGCCUUCGUCCACGGUCACUCUAGACACAUUGUCUUCAAUUCAGACUAGUGCCCUGGAAUCAUCUGCUACACUCCAAACACUCCAAACUGAGACACCAUCCUCUCAACCAAUUGUAUCAACGACACCUCCUUCUGAAGCUGGUACAGAGACGACCUCUGACAUCUUGGCGUUUACACCAAUUGGAUCACCUGUGGAAACCGCAUCUUCUUCCCUGUCAAACUCGCCGACGUCAUCUUUCAUUGGAACUAGUUCUGUGACAGCACCGUCUUCACAGUCUCUCUCCUCUUCCGUCCCAACCGAGACAACAUCUUCUCGGCCAAUUAUAUCCAGCUCCUCAUCAAUUGGAACUAGUUCUGGAAUCUCCUCAUCUUCGCCAUUUGCCACAUCUUCAUCGACCGCCAGGGAAACGGCGUACUCUUCGCAAUCAACAAUAUCAUCUGAGUCUUCAGCUCAAGAUGUUUCAUCGGCAUCGACAUUAUUGCCGUCUGACACUCCUUCAACCCCAGGAAACGUAACGGAAUCUCCAUCCUCUUCUCUAUCAGUCACGUCCACCUCUGUGUCCAAGGUAUCUCCUACCAAGUCUGGAUGGCCAGUGUAUUUGACAUACCCGAGUGAUACCCCUAGCUCCAUUUCCACGUCCUCGGAGACUUCUGGUAGUGUCAACAUCACUUCAAAACGCCCAACUGAAAGCUCAAGCGGCCUGAGCAAUCUAUCUUCCCAGCAGCUUCCUGCAUCCACAAGUUCGCUACCCGUGUUCAAGGAUCCCAUUUACAACUCAAGCUCAACUGGUGUUCUUGGGUCAUCAAGUGCUUAUGCAAAUUCAGGACAAUCCAGUGGCGUGGCGUCCCAAACACCGACCCCAACAAGCUCAACGCCAUAUUCACGACUUGCAUCCCAGACAGUAACAUCAUCAUCACUGGGAUCUACGUCAUCCACCUCUGUUACCCCACAGUCAACCUCACCGUCGUCCGCAGCAUCUGGCAGUACUGAUGCGUCAGUUGGGGCUGUGGUGCCCCUGGGUGGAUUGGGUAGCAGUAAACCUCUAAUUCCCACAUCGACGGGAGCGCAACUCUCUGGCAUUGACCAAUCAACAUUCUCUCCCCAGGCACAGUCUGCAGCAAUAUCGACUUCUGCAACCGAGUCAGAGCCCUUUGAGAUUGUGACGGACCCCGUGAUUGUCUAUGUGACGAGGCCUUCGCCAACCCCGUCCACAACAAGCACUGCGAACUCAAGCAUCAGUAGUGUGACUGUGCAGUCUUCUUCGGCGCCAGUGGCGGUGGUGUCAUCAUCUGCCACGCCAGAACAGAUCAGCACGUCCAUGGUGAGCAUCACACUGCACUCCACAGCAACGAGCAUCGUUCGUGUAACAGUUUAUCCGACAACCCCUUCGCCAGUGGCACCUAGUGAGAUCGUCAUAAGCGAGGCCGCCCAAAGCUCAGAUGUGGUACCUGCGGAGACAGUGCACGUCACCUCAACAAGGGUUGUCCCAGAGACUGUAUACCAGACCUCCUCAUCGGUGCCCAGCAGCGUUGACCCAGUCGAAGCAUCUUCAAGUGACACCGCAACACCCGCACCUGUCGAGACGGUACACGUCACUUCGAAGACCGUCGUUCCCGAGACUGUCUACUUGACUUCUUCGCCAGCAAUCAGCGAAUCAAACCCAGUCGAGACCGCUCAGAGUGAAGAUACGUUACCCGACGAAACAGUGCACGUCACUUCACAAACCGUUGUCUCAGAGACGGUCUAUUUGACUUCAUCGACGGUAAAUAGCGAGUCAAGUCCAAUCGAGACUGCUCAAAGUGAAAACACGAUACCCGACGAAACAGUGCACGUUACAUCAAGAACCGUCAUACCCGAAACUGUCUACCUGACUACUUCGUCGGCACCGAUAAACCCAGAACCAACAGAAGCAGCUUCGAGCGAAGAUCCCGCGCUGGCUCCAGUAGAGACAGUGCACGUCACGGCGACGACAAUAGUACGGGUGACUGUCUAUCCGAAAGUGUCUUCAACGUCCCCAGCGCCUUCAACCGUGAACGCAGUACCCACAGAUGCUGUACAGGCUCUCCCGACUGAGGAUCCUGCGCCACCGCAGACGACACAGGCCGUUAAAUCUACGGCAGAGCCCACGGUCGUAGCGACGACUUCUGCGGCCGGCCAAGGCUUGAUCUCCGUGAUUCCAGUCACGCCGGCUGGGUUUAUCACGAUUACCGAGACCACGACUCAGACUGAGACUGAGACCAAAACGGUGACAGACCGGGUUACGGAGACUGUCACUGCUACUGUGACUAGGGAUUAG